GUCCCUGCACCCCUCCCUACCCCGACUGCCCCAUCUGCUUCAACGCGAUCGUCCCUGCCCAGCCGACCUGGUCCUGCUCCCCCACCUUCGUCCUGCAUGACCCCGGCACUGCGCCCCCUGCAGGCCACGAGCACGAGCAGGAGCGCGUGAAGUACUGCUGGACGACCUUCCACCUCAAGUGUGUUCGCUUGUGGGCCGCGAAGAGUGUCAAGGACAUCAAGGAAGCCUGGUGCAGACGUAGCGAGAGCGGCAGGAAGGACGACUAGCGCUGCCUGGGAGCUGGUUCAAGCGCGAGUCCAUCCCGCAUUGCUACUGGUGCUUCUGCGGCUCCACCCAGGACCCGAAGCCCCCGUGCCUCUCGACGCCCCACUCAUGCACGAGCCCCUGCUCGCGCUCGCACAUGUGCGGGCAUCCCUACGUGCUUGCGUGCCACCCAGGCCCAUGCCCGCCCUGCCAGGCGACGACGCAGUGCCCGUGCCACUGCGGCAAGUAGACGGUCUCCCUCCGGUGCUCCCGCACAUCUCCCUCCCCUGUGCACCUGUCCUCGACCGCCGACACCACGCGCGUGGACCUCUCCUGUGGCCGCGCUUGCGAAAAGCGGCUCGCAUGCGGGAACCACAUCUGUGCGGAUCCAUGCCAUCCCGGCACGUGUCCGCCGUGCGCGGUGACCAAGGCGGCGCGGUGCUGGUGCGGGAAAGUGGAGAAGCGGCUUGCAUGCGGGGAGGGAAAGAAGGAGGCGUGCGCUGUAGUACGCGGAGACAGCGGGGAGGAGGAGGAGCAGUGGGUCGGGCCGUUUGAUUGUGGGAAUUCGUACGAUCGACCCUUCGCCUGCACCGUUCAUCGGUGCACCCAGCCCUGCCAAUCGCCCUCCAGCAUCCCUCCACCCUGCCCACUCUCCCCGGCCCUCACAACCCAUUGCCCAUGCGGCAAAUACCCUCCUCCACGCCCUUUUCCCCCCCCUCCCCCCCUGCAGCCCGUUUCCCCCACACAGCCUGCACCGACCCUAUCCCAACCUGCACCUUCUCUGCCUCAAGCCCCUAUCCGGCUGCGCGCACGCAUGCGCAACGCGCUGCCGCGCCGCCUCCUGUGCUCGUCCCUUCAGCCUCUCCCCACGUCCCUAUACCGCCCGCCGUCCUUGCCUGCACGCAUCAGAGAUGCUUGGCAUCAAGCACGCCACAGCGGGCGAGUUCUACAGGAUGCAUGGCUCGCGCGCGCAGUCGAGAACCUCAAUACGAGAUCUCCGCGGUUGACAAGUCAAGGUGUAGAAACGGGCGUGUGCUGCCGCAGACAGUACGCGGGUGCUGGCUUCGCCGACGAUUCCCUGCCCCCGUCAAGUGAGAGCGGCUAGGCUGACCUGAGUUGAAGCCAUGGGGCUAGUAGUGAAGGAUUAUUCUUAUUUGCAAAGUGAGCACUCCCUUCCCAUUACGUCGAUGCCGAGUCCGAGUAUGACAGAGAUACGACGACACUUCCCAACCGCCUCAUCCAUUGCAUGUAUACUAUAUGCGCGCUACCGCUUGUCGCUACUUUUGAUGUACCUCCUCUAUCUGUAGUUAGAUUCUUUUUUUAUGCAUAGAUCGCGGUCUUGCAAAUUGUCUCUUCCUCUCCCAUUGGAGAAGAGAUUAUGUUUUU